AUGGCAUUUCUGGACAGAGACUAUCCUCCUCCUGUUUCAUACUUUAAAGGCAAUGGCUUUGAAAUGAUGAGUUUACACUCUCUUGCAAAAGCAGCAUCAAUUGGUGGGGUUUUGGUAAUUGGAAGUGCAUAUUACUUCAAGAAUCGCAUCCAAGACGGUUUGAGAUCCUCAGAGUAUUAUAAAGAGAGCCUAAGAAUACUGAGAGAGCAUAGAGGUAUUGCUCAUUUAAUGGGAGAGCCCAUUAGGGAAGGGAAGUUAGACUUGGGUGAUAAUGAAAAUAACUUUUGUACUGGGACAGUAGCUCAGUUUCAGACAAUAAAUUAUAAGAGAACAUGUACCAUCAGGUUUAUCUCCUUUGAUCACACACCCUAUGAAUGGGCAAGUUCCCAUCCAGACACAGACUUCAUAUUCUGUGUUGUUAAGUGGUAUUUACAGCAUCAGCAAAUAAAAAUCCAAAUUAUUUGA